GUACCGAAACACGUCAGUGAAGACGAGAGUUCCGCAAUGAAAGAAGGAUGUUGUGGUGCAGACCUGAAAGCUCCGAUAAGCUUAUUGGGGAAUACCUUGGCGCUGGACCAAUAGUCAGGUAAAACCUCUCAUCCCGGCAAACAACAAUUAGACUGUAUCUUGUGCUCUGGGCCAUGAGAAAAGCGGGUCAUGGUGCCGCCAUAUGUUCGACCUACAGUGCAGCCUGCGCGGACAGGCACUGAGUCCGGUGUGUCGUCUUAAAUUGUUAACAGCGACACGCAGCAGUGAUAAUGAUGGAAAAUAGUCAAGAUAGCAGAUUGUGUUUGUGAUUUCGGAGGCGACGUUGCACGCAUGGGGCAGCUUAACCUCAUUGUUGUCGGUAAGUUAGCCUGAACUUAGCUUAAGCUAGCUGUUUCAAUGUUUGCUAAUGGUCGUGUGAACUGGCACAUGAGCGGCGGUGUGUGGGAGGCUGGACCAAGCACAGCUGAUUUACAACAACACCAGAAUAUCACAACACGCACCAUAACUCGUAUUUAAGCAGGCUAUGUGUAGCACUAGCGUACGAUGCUAACUUAAAGGCUUUUCUUGAUCAAAGGGCGCUUCAGAUCUGUUUAACACAGAUAAAUGGAUUAGACAUAAAAUUGAUCACAUUAUUAGUUGAAUCAGAUUGCAUUAGUCGACGCGUUGUUUAUCUCCGUCUUAAUGGGAUACAGAGCACGUAGAUGGGAUAAACAAGAAACGAUCUGUCCAAAUGAUCCUCUUGACUGACACCGGUACAGAAAAAAAACAACACUUUUUUUAAACAUUAUAAAGUAGGGAUACGGCUCAACUUACCCCAUACACGGGGUAAGUUGACCUUAGGAGACCACUUUUUUUGGCAUGCUAUAUUAUCAAGACAGUUCUGUUUACACUCAUUCUGUUGGUUUGCAGGGAUGAAAAAAUAUGAUUGCUUUGAUGUAGUGAUCCGAAAUAUGAAAAAUGGCUCAUCUUACCCCACUCUCCCCUAUUCUCUGAUGUUUCUGACACCUGAAGAUACUUUCACAGCUGACAUAUUGGGGCUUGUUGUUAUUUAUUUGUCCACAUCAUUCAGUGAAAAGUUAUGUCUGUUUCACUGAAAGUCAAACUUGAGACGUGUUCAGUGUUGAAGUUGAGACUGAAGAGAAUAAAAAAGGAACUAUAAAGACGGAUGAGGAGGAUGUCCCAUGGAAAACAUCAAUGUGCAACUACUGUAGUUAUUGAAACGUACCAACAAUCUAAGGAAACUAACUCACUGAUGGAAAAAAAAACUACAAAACUAAGUUAUUCUCUUCUAAUGAGACAAGAAGCUGCAGACAUAUAUUCAGUAUCCUUGUGUUAUCACUGAAUUAUCUUGUCAGUGAGAGUGCCUGUAAGUGUUUAGCACACCUAUGUGCCACACUAGCUUAAUUGCAUUGUCAUUAACAGAAGUGAUGGUUGACUCUGUAUUUACAUGUCAUCCUGUCUUAUGGUUAUAAACAUGUUUUUUUGUUUGUUUGUUUACUUUCCGCCAUCCAAACUCAACUGUUGUGCUUUUUCAACAUUAUGUCUCUACAGAAACAAGAUGGUAAAAAACUGGGGUGUCAUCGGUGGGAUAGCUGCCGCAAUUGCAGCUGGAGUUUAUGUUUUGUGGGGCCCGAUAACUGACAGGAAGAAAAGAAAAAGAGGUGAGUAUCAAUUAGUGUGACAAUGUGACACAGAGGCUACAUGCAGGGCAGUGGAUGUAAAGCAAUAACUUUUAAUGGCUUAUGCUUUCUUACAGGUAUGGUUCCUGGUCUGUUGAACUUGGGCAACACCUGCUUCCUCAACUCUCUGCUUCAGGGUUUGGCGGCAUGUCCAUCAUUCAUUGGGUGGUUGGAGAAGUUUUCUGGCUCGCCUGUGAUCCAGUCUUGCAAAGACAACCAGCUGUCGUCAAUGCUGCUACAGCUUCUCAAGGGUAUAUGAGCACAGUCUGUGAAAGAAGUCAGGCCAGUGUAUCUGACAUUAAGCGCUGAUUUAGAUUUUUAACAUGGUCGGUGUCUCUAACAGCUCUGUCUAGUGAUGAGCCUGGGGAAGAAGAUGUGCUUGAUGCCGGAUGCCUCCUUGAUGUUCUCAGACUGUACCGGUGGCACAUCAGUUCAUUUGAAGAGCAGGUUAGCCAGAGAUGCUUUUUUAUGGCUGGAUAUAAUGUGUAGUAUGUUUCUUGGAGUGUUGAAUCAAAGUCUUAAAACUUGUGUAUUUGGGAUCUUACUCCUCCUUAGGAUGCACAUGAACUGUUUCAUGUCCUAACAUCUUCUCUUGAGGAGGAGAGGGACCGUCAUCCUAAAGUCACUCACUUGUUUGACAUGCAGUCCCUCGAGGUAACUUAUUGUCUGCCUACUUGUUUGUCCCAAAACCAAAGUCUAGGAGCUAUUAUAGAAAAGUCAAAACAUCUGAUCUGGACCUGUUGUCUCUAUUAUAUGUGUACCUGUGAUUUCAUCCCAGAGUCUCCCUGAACAAGAUGGGAAAACAAUGACCUGCAGAAGUCGAGGUGAGAAGGCAGAGAAAUAAUUGAGCUCCGAAUAUUAAACUACAAGGAAAUGCAUUUUAUCUUUUUUUUGUUGUUGUUCAUUUUUUUGUUCAUUUGUUUUGCAGCUCCUCUCCAUCCAAUACCAAGUCCAUGGAAGUUGCAUCAUCCUUUUCAUGGCCGAUUAACAAGCAACAUGUCGUGCAAACGCUGUGAACAACAAGUGAGUUAGUUUAUAGAUAUCCGGGAAAGUAAGGAGCAAGUUAAUCCAUGUUAGUGGAGUUCUAAUUGAAGAUUUGUGUUUGUUUUGCUUCACGUCCAGAGUCCUGUGCGGUACGACUCAUUUGAAAGCCUUUCCCUAUCCAUCCCUUUACCUCAGUGGGUAAGCAGCAAUGUCAGGAAUGGUGGAAUUUAUCACACUAUAUUCACAUAAAUUUGCUGUUUGUCUUACUCUGAUAUAUCUUUAUCUUCAGGGUCGUCCUAUCUCUCUAGAUCAUUGUCUUCAGCAUUUCAUCUCUUCAGAAACCAUCAAAGAAGUGGAGUGUGAAAACUGCACCAAGGUUUGUUGGCUACGUAAUCGUGCAAAUUUUUGGUAUUGUUCUGUCAGUUACGAUUUAAUUAACCAUACUUGAUGUGAAAAACAACUAAUUUCUUAUAUUCAUUGCUGGUUGAUUUUAUGUGAGGAAAACAUUUCUGCUUAUUUCAGUGGUUUAUCUCUGCUGAAUCUGUUUCACACAAUUUUUACUCAGAUUCAGCAAGGGACCACAGUAAAUGGGCAAGUUCUGGAAAACCAGAGGACAACGUUUGUUAAACAGCUAAAACUGGGAAAAGUAAGUUUCAUUCAUAUCCACGUUUAAGAAAUCUUCAGAGAAAUGUUCUUUAGAUCAAACAUUCAUUUGUUCUUGGCCCACUAACUGUUUGCAUUGUUCUCUAGCUCCCCCAGUGCCUCUGCAUCCAUUUACAAAGAUUGACGUGGUCCGGUGAAGGAACUCCCAUCAAAAGACAGGAGCAUGUGCAGUUCACAGAGCUUUUAUCAAUGGAUCGCUACAAACACAAUGCGUCUACAUUGAAAGUUCAGAGGCUAAAAUGUGCUCCAAAACCUGUAAGGGCUGAAACUCCAGGUGAUUCUGAUGAAAAGCCCACUGCUAAUGGAACAGGUGAGUUUGAUUUUUCAGCUGUUUGAUACGAUUCAGAUUCAGAUUCAGAUUCACGUCCAGUUUGUUUUUCAUCAUCAACCAUUUGUUGGGUUUUGUAUUCCAGACGCAGAGCAUCGCAAUAACAACAACAAACCUUUUACAAAUGGAACCUGUUCGUCUGUUUUCCUUCACUCACCCGGUGUGAGCCCACAGCUCAGCCUAGCAUUUGAUUUCAGGUAAACAUCAUGUCAGGGUGCAAGAAUACAAAGAACAAAGCUGUGAUGGUGUUUGGAGGCUCUUCAAAGGACCAUAGUCUAAACCAGUAUAUGAAAGAUUAAAGAUUUUAGGGCACUGAUAUUCGACUCAAAUCUCCAACACCAUCAUUAGGAAAUAUGCAGAGAAGCUCAGUUGUUUUUUUUUUUGCUUUCUAAAACCUGACAAGAAUGUUUCCUCUUUAUUUUCAUAUCAAUUGUCUUGAUACGUUUUAUUUUUCUCUGCCAGUUCCUCGGAGUACCUCUUCAAGCUGGUGGCCGUGCUGGUUCACCAUGGUGACAUGCACUCAGGACAUUUCGUGACAUACCGCCGCAGCCCUUCCCCGCCCCACAGCUCCUCCUCCUUUAGCUCUCAGUGGCUGUGGGUGUCAGAUGACUCAGUCCGGAAAGCCAGCCUGCAUGAAGUGCUGUCCUCUAAUGCCUACAUGCUCUUUUACGAGAGAGUGCGAAGACUCACCCUUCCUCACUGCUCAGAGGAGUGACCAGAUGCCCAGGACCUGGCAGCCUGACUAACUUCUGCCUUUCCAGUAAUCAUGCAGUAAUCCACCGGGGGACUGUCACAUCAUAACAAUAGGAACAGAGAGGACAUUCAUCCUUGAGUUAUUAUUUAGAUAAGUCUGUGUCGUUAAAAUCAGAUCGAUUCUGGAAUAGCAGCCGUUUUUAUACUGCAUUGAUCCAGAGCUAACAGCUCUCAAACCCAAAGAUUAUUGAUCUGCAGGAAUUUUAUUGAGAUAUUUAUUUAUCAUGUGAAAUUAUUUCUGGCAUCUAACAUUUUGGCUUCUGUAGAACAAAACGGUUAAAACAGGGACAGAAGUAGUGGCUAACGUACGUACUUAUAUCAAGUUUUGCAGGUUCUUCUACAUGUCUAAGAUGGAGGUGGUUGAAGGAACUGGUUUAUCAGUUGGUUGCAACUCACUGCUUGAUGAUACGUAGUCCUCCACUCUGGUCCUUCAAGAUGUUCCUGAGAUUUUGUCUGCAGUCUGUAUAGGAUGUAAGGUUUUAUGACAUUAUUCAUGAAGUUGAAUUUGAUCAUUCUCUGGUCCCUCGGUAAUCAUUCUUCUGUUAUGAUUCUGCAGAGAUGCAUAGUUGAGAUUAAAGUGCCAUGUUGUCUUUAAUCCUUGAGAAUUUAUAAUGUAAAGCCAUGUGUGCAACUACGAAUGUGAAAGUAUACUGUGAUGCAGAAGAGCCUUUCAGCACAGCGGUGUUACGGUACAGAUAACAGACUCACCAUGAUCUGCUCUCAGUAAAGCUGCAGGUUUAUGGGCAAGUUAUUUUAAAUACUUUUAACUCGGUGUAACUGAUGACUGCCAUUUUGCCCCGACCUAAUAGAGCGCGUCUCAUUGAGAACUUUGGUCUGGUGCAAAACACCUUGUAAAUAUUUGCAAUUUGCACUAAUGUAUAUUCAUGUGAGAUUGUGUAUAAUCUGUAAAGGUGAUUGUUUUCAGGUAUUAAAACAAUAAAACAAGUGUGGACUUAUUAUA